AUGCCCCGAAAUCACCAUCCGGCUGCCUCUACCCUCAGAAACCGCAACCGGAUUACAAACAAAACACGCCUUAAGAUCCACCAGGGCUCACUCGACGCAGAUGCCAUCCUCAUUCCAGACGAAGACGAGGAGAAGCAUCGUCUCACCAACCUCGUCGCUGGUGUCGAUGCUGAGGACGCCAAUGAACACCAUUUGCAAGAGGUGCUAUCUGCGGUCCAUAGGACCAAUGUCAUUAACCGGCAGCCCAGAGGCAGCGUUGACAAACCCGCUCCCGCUCCUGCACCCGCUUUUAUUCCAACACCUGACUCUACAGGCAUCGUUGAAAACUAUGACGAGCUCUAUCCACCAAACAGAUGGAAGGAUCCUACAACAUAUGUACACACCUCCCAGACAGUGGAAGAGCAUAUCACCAAUGGACUCGCCAACGGGUUCACGUAUUACAUGGAUGAGCGCGACAAGGAGUGGCUUGACAAGAAUAACGAGGAAGCCCGGGGUGAAGGCACGAGUGCCCAAGGUGCUGUGUCGGCAUCCGGAACUCGGACUUCAGCUCGUAGUGCGAAGGCUAAGGGCAAGGAGCCCGAAUCUUCGCUCCCGGUCGUUAUCUCUGAAGAUGAAUUCGAGUUGGUGAUGGGUAUAUUUGAGAAAGUAACGCACGAGAAGACGGAGUAUCUGCAUCACAGCUUGGAAACAGGCAUGGAAUUCCCUGCUUUUUCAGAGUAUCAGGAUGUCUUUUCCGCGACACUUCCGGUGACGAUGUUUGCAACAUACAGUGUGCCAAGUUGGAUACCUACACCGCAAGCCUUGCUCAAAAGCGCAAGAGCCAUUUACCCUUAUUGGAAGGAGCGCAGAUUGGAACGAGGAGGACACCGAAUCAUACCCACCUUGAAUGGCGAUGAAUCCGAUACUCUCAACGAAUCCUACAUAUGCUUCCGAAGACGAGAAAGCAAAGCCGUCCGAAAGACUCGUGCAUCACAAGUCACAUCGUCGGAUAAGCUAGCCCGACUUCAAGCAGAAUUCUCCUACCCACUCGAACUCGCAAAAGCAAUCCUGACCCGAGAAACCUUGAAGAAGGAAUUGGCUGCUCAAUCUCAGGCCGUUUGGGAGAAGCGCCUAGCUUUCGUGGAUCUCAAACGCAAAUUUCCUAGUCUCAAUGACAAGAUUGAUGAGGAAUUGCUGGUAGACAAGGAACGACCGACAAAGAGGGCGGAUACUGCGCGCGUCCCAGGUUUGAAGAUUAGGACCAGCGACCAAGCUCUCCCUCCUCCUCGCCAGGAAGUCGUUAUUCGUCCCAAGGAACGUCAACAAAUGAUACGCGACCAGAUCGAAAGCCAACUGGCCCGCAUAAAGGAUCUCGAUCACCACUGGGAAGAUCAAGUCGACAAUCCUUAUCAAAGCCUUCCAGUGCCUUAUGCUUCGAGAUUAUUCAAAUACAUCCCUCCUCCCAAUACCCCAUCCUGGCCUUCCUCAAAUUCAGACAAGACAGAUGACGAGGCCACAAAUGUACCACCUCGCAUUUCCCGUGCAGUUCGCAUGCGUGUCGGUCGCGGCGGCCGUAUACUUUUGGAUCGUCGGGAUGCUGUGGCACGUCGUCCAGUGAAGAAGCUGCCGCGCUCGUCUCUGUUCGCUCUAGGCGAUUCAGAAGAUGAAAGUGCUGGUGCUGAUGGAAUGGAUGUUGACGAAGAUCCGGAGGAAAUCGAGCGCAACAGACGCCUUGAAGAACGGUGGAGGUUCGAUGAGGAUGAUGUUCCACCUACCGGCCCAGAAGGCCCCGACGAGCAAGACAGAAUCCUAGUUGAUGAUUAUAAUCCCACAUAUCUGCGGCAUACAAUGACUCUAUUCAACGAGAGCGACCACGUCAGCUUGAUGACAGACCCGACUGUAUACAUCACUGCUCCGGAUGGUCGCCAACUUCCUGUUGUUCCCUAUCGCCUUGGAAUGCCAGCCCCUGCUAUACGACGGGACGCGCAAGGCCGCCCAUAUCCCAUUCAACAACACAUUCCCCCUAAUCAUCCUCUUGCGAAUAUGGUUGCUCCUGGUGGUAUUCCUGUAUCCAUGCAGCACCAGAUCAAGAAGAUGCAACCUCCAACAGCAGCACCGCAAAUGCGAAUAUCUUCGAACGGAGGCAUGCGUCCUCCUGCUGUGAUGCCACUAUCGAAUAUCCAACAGGCCCAACACGUGAACGGAGCCGUGCCCCAUCACGUCGCGUCACCUCACCCUGUUCCCGUUCCCGUUCCUCAGCAUCCACCCGCCAAUGGCGUCAACGGGAUUAGUCGAGCUGCUAUAUCCAUGCCCCAUGUUGAUGUCCAGAAGCCGGAGGUUAUCGCGACACCAGCCAUUGCAAACGGUGUGCCAGCCAACCCACAACCUGAUCCCAAUGCGGAGAUGACAGUGAACGGUCUUCCGAUCCGACCAAAAUCACAGAACGUGACGCCUCAGCCUCAUCUCGGUCUAGGUGUGCCGACGAAUGGGUACCAUUUGACGCCGAUGAAUAACAUGACUGCGGCUGCCCUCGUCAACUCGGCAGCCUUCCAGCACAAUCAAGGCCAGCAGCAAAUUCCGACAGGCUUGUCUCUUCAACAAGUGCAAAAUUUGAAGAAUGUUUUCGCCAAUAUGCCUGCCCCUGAACUUGCAGCCUUCCAGGCUGCCAGAGGAAUACCAAAUUCAUACAUGCUUCCUGCUAACGGUGCGAAUAUGAACAUGCAGCUGGCCCAGGGUGCAAAUAUGAACUUGAAGUUACCGCCCGCUCGUCAGAUGCAGUGGAUGAAUUCACCGCUGCAGCGACCGCCUUCUGUGGUAAAUGGAACGGACACUCAAAUUAAUGGUGCAAUGGUUGCUAGUCCCAGCAUUAGCCAUUCCGUACCGGUUCGCUCUCCUUCGGCCAACGGGCAGCGCCCUGUGAUGCGGAAUGGGGUUCAUAUGAACGGGCAGCAUUCGAUGUCGCCUCAUAUGCAGCAUUCGCCUUCACCACUUCCGAAUAUUUCCCAGUCGCAGUCGCCUCCCCGGGUGCCGAUGACCCCCAAUAUGGCCAUGACCUCACCUUCGUUGCAACAACAGCAACCAGUCGGCGGUCAGCAAAAUGGCUAUUAA